CUUGAGUUCCCAGAGUUCCUAUUGGGUCAAUAUAGGAGAGUGCAAGAUGGCGGCAGCGGCAACUUGCAGCCCUGACGCCCAGGGUACCGGGUCUAAGGCGGCAUCCAGCCGGAGCAACGUCACCAGCUUCCAGAGGAGGGGGCCUCGAGCGGGAGCUGCUGACAGCGGCGGCCCUCGGCUGGUGUCCAUUGCGGGCACGCGACCUUCGUUGCGGAAUGGACAGCUGCUGGUGUCAACCGGGCUGCCAGCCCUGGACCAGCUCUUAGGUGGAGGUUUGGCAGUUGGAACAGUUCUUCUAAUUGAAGAGGAUAAAUAUAAUAUAUAUUCACCUUUGCUUUUCAAGUAUUUCCUGGCAGAGGGAGUCGUGAGUGGACAUACUUUAUUAAUUGCGUCUGCUGAAGAAGAGCCUACUGACAUCCUACAGGAACUUCCUGCACCAUUACUGGAUGACAGUUGUAAAAAAGAAUUUGAUGAAGAUGUUUGUAAGAAAAUACCGGAAUCAAAUGUUCAGAUGAAAAUAGCUUGGCGUUACCAGUUAUUACCCAAGAUGGAGGUUGGACCAGUGUCUUCUUCCAAAUUUGGUCACUGCUAUGAUGCAUCAAAAAAGAUGCCACAAGAGCUAAUUGAGACUUCAAAAUGGCAUGGAUUUUUUCUCCCGGAAAAAAUAUCAUCAGACCUUCCAAUAGAAUCCUGUUCUUUGGCCCCUGGCUACUUGAAGCUGCUUCAGUUUAUCCGGAAUGUCAUUUAUGAGGAAGGAUUUGAUGGAUCCAAUCCUCAGAAGAAUAUCUUACGAAUAGGACUUGAGAGUGUUGGCUCGCCUUUGUGGGGAGAUGAUAUUUGCUGCACAGAAAACUGUGACAGCAGUCGCAGUCUUACCAAGUUCCUCUACCUGCUCCGUGGCCUGCUGCGAACCUCUCUCUCAGCCUGUGUCAUCACAAUGCCAACACAUCUUAUCCAGAAUAAAGCUAUUAUUGGUCGUGUUAAAAACUUGGCUGAUACAGUAGUUGCUUUGGAAUCGUUCAUCGGUUCUGAGAGAGAAACCAACCCAUUGUAUAAGGAUUACCAUGGUUUGAUUCAUAUACGGCAGAUCCCUCGGCUUAAUAACUUGAUCUGUGAUGAAUCAGAAGUUAAAGACUUAGCUUUUAAAUUAAAAAGAAAGCUAUUCACCAUUGAGCGACUGCAUUUGCCUCCAGACUUGUCGGACACAGUGAGCCGCUCAAGCAAACAGGGUCUGGCAGACUCGGCCAAGCUGCUGGGCCCAGGCUGUGGCACGAUGGCCAGAGGCGAGAAGCACCUGGACUUCUAAGGACUCCUUCUUAGCUGCUGCCUGCGGAAGCCUGGGACGCUCUAAUUAGGAUUGCUAACAGCUUAUGUAAAUAUUUUUCUUAAUGAUGUGACCCUCCAGUCCUUGGGAAACACAGUUAUGACUGCAAAAUGGAAAAUUCUCAUUUUCUAAUCAACUUUUUUAUACAGAAGUUGUACAUCAGAGAUUUUACUUUUUUUUUCUUUCUGUAUUACUUACAGAAAAUAGAUAUUUCUUUUUAAAUUAAAAGAAUAAGUCGAAAUGCAAGAUGCCCUACUGAGGUCAGUACUAUAUUGUACUACUUACGAUCAUGGUGAAAGGACAGGUGAUAGCAGCUGGAAAUAAAACGCUGUGAAAUU